CGUGUGCGGCUGGCGGAGUGCCUGGACUCAACAGGUCGGCAUGUUCAGCAGUUCCCGACUCAUCGCAGAUGCCCCAACAGAGAAACAGCGGGCAACUUCAACCACCCCACAAAACGGUGGUGACCGAUCCGCUAACGGCCUGCCUGGACGCCAAUGGCACCUACAUCUGUACUGCUUACCAUCCACGCUGCUACAUCAUACAGAAGGUGACUCCUAGUCUCAGCGGUGCGGCCCUCAACCUAAACCCCAACGCCGACGUGUUCGAAAGCAAGCAAUCUGAAGGCAGCAUCGAUGUGCCCUCAAGUUGGGACACCACUAACGCAGAAUUCACCUCUUUGGACGGUUACGUGUACAUGAAUGGGGACAUUGGGAAGCUCCCUUCAGGGGCGGUGUACCCUGCCACCCCUGAUCCCCUGGCCACCACUACUUCCACGAGUUCUGAGUAUAGCUCACUGAAUGGCAUAACAGACUCGCUGGAGACCUACGCCCAAGCCAACACUCCGCCAGGGGGAUCGCCCGCUGACCCGAAUCCUUCAGGGCCAGAUGGUGGCAUCCCCCUGGAGCAGUUAAAGCAAAUGCUCUCAUCUCAGCUCGAGUAUUACUUCUCUAGAGAGAAUCUGGCCAAUGAUGCCUACUUGCUGUCUCAAAUGGAUAAUGACCAAUAUGUUCCCAUCUGGACUGUUGCAAAUUUUAAUCAAGUGAAGAAACUAACAAAGGAUAUCAAAUUAAUUACUGAAGUAUUAAGAGAAUCACCAAAUGUUCAAGUAGAUGAGGAGGGUCAGAAGGUGCGACCAAACCAUAAGCGGUGCAUAGUUAUUUUACGUGAAAUACCAGACAAUACACCUUUAGAUGAAGUUAAAGCUUUAUUUUCUGGUGAAGGUUGUCCCAGAUUAAUAUCAUGUGAAUUUGCACAUAAUAACUCGUGGUAUGUGACAUUUGAGUCUGAUGACGAUGCCCAGAGAGCGUACAGGUUCCUAAGGGAAGAAGUCAGGGAGUUCCAGGGUAAGCCUAUAAUGGCCCGUAUCAAAGCAAAACCCAUGAAUAGGUUGCCCAUGCCACCAGUUCCUGCUUUGGGUGCAGCAAUGAAGAAUGGUUACCGCACACCACCUGCAGCACUCUAUGACCCCACUGCUUACCAGGGCAGCCAGCAGAGGUUUCUGUAUACUAAUGGUAGCUCAAUACCUCCUACAGUUAACUAUGGAAAUCAGGUUCAUGUAUAUACUUUCCAACAGCACCAGCCAUUUUAUCCUCCAAGUAUGCUCCAACCGUGGGGUCCAGCAAGUCACGCUUACUUCGAUAUUGGCAGUGUGUUUUCUGUGAAUGGUCUUGCACCACAGGGUUCAUUCAGUAAACCACCAGGUUCAAGAUUUAUCCCUCGCAGAAACAAAAGGAACCAACCUGGUGGUGACCGUGGAAAUUUAAUGGAUAAUGGUGCUGGCUUGGUGAGACAGUCCAACACUCCACAUUCAUAUCAUCUUGGAGGAACAGGGAAUGUGAGUGGUGCAGUAGGUGGCACUGGCUCGGCUGUUGCCAAGAGUGUGUGCAGUAGUAGCGCUGUGUCUAAGGUACCGCAGCAACAGCAACCGCCACAGCAGCCAGCUGUUGGAGUAACUGCUGAGUGUCAUCACAAUCAUUCCAAGAGCCAUCACCCCUCUGUACUGCAGGAUAACAGUGACCCAGUUUGCACCGGACCUAGUCAGAGUACUCCUGGUGGCCCUUCUCAGCGUUCAGAUAGUGAAGACAAUUCGUAUCGACAGUCAAGAGAAGCUUCAACUAACAAGGAACCUAUGCCCCCAAGACAUCGGCGAAGGAGGAAGGAGGAUGAGGUGAUUGGUCCUGGAAGGUCAUCCAUGAUGGGGAGUGGAAAAUCUACCUCAGGAGGUAGUCCCCAGCCCCUAAACAGGGACGGCACUGGAACAGAUUCCUCAAAGGGAAUACAGUUUGAUCUAGAGGCCACUGCCUUUCCCCCAUUACCAGGGUUGGAAGGAGGAGCUGGUGUGAGUUGCAAGAGCACUCCUCCAGUUGAGACUGUGCAAGUGGACAGUUCAAGUUCACAAUGGGAAAAUAGGUUGUCAGAUGUCGUAAAAGGCACUACCAAACCGAAGAGCACAAACACUAAAGAAAAGGACAGUGGUGUACUUGUCUGCACUCCUCCACGCGCAGCAUCACCAGCAUCUCCUGUUCCAAAAGCAGCCUCUACUCCUGAGACAAAGGCACAACAGCCUCCAGCACCACCUCAGCAGACUAGUCAAGUUCCACUCCCUUCCCAAGCUCAAUCCCCUGCGCCUUCAUGUGACAGAGAAGUGAAAGAUGUGGGGACAAGCAGUGACCCAGGUCUUCAUACAGUCUUGCAGACUCCACCCCCUUCUCCAGAUAAGACAGUUCCUGUUGUCAAAUGUAUGGCUGACAAAUCUACUAAGACUGAUGAUAUUCUCCUAAAUGGUGAAAUAGUUGGUGUGAGUGGGUCUAUAAGUAGCAAGCCUGGAGAAUCAGUUACCAACAAACAGCAGCAGCAACAAAAACAAGCUGCAGCAAAUGCAGUUACCUCGCUCAGCAAACCAGUGCCCACCACGACCAAUGCUGCCACAAUGACUAGUGCUGUGGUGGUGACAGAUGUUGCACCAGCACCUGCCCGUUUGAUGGUGGCCACUACAUCCAGCACUGGCUCUGCUACCAUGGCUAGCCAUACCGCUCCGACUUCAGUUCCAUCCCAGGCAGAUGUUUGUUCUGCAACAGAUGCAGCAGGAGGUCCAACACGCCUGAGUUAUGCACAAGUUGCACAGCACCACAAGGAGAAGGUUGAACGUAUGUUGCGUGAAAAACAGAGCACAGAACAGGAAAAAGAAAAGGAGAGGGACCGGAAGAAGGAAGGAAGCACAACACGUGUAGUGCAGCAGCAUGGUGAUGUACGAGAACCACCACAGCGAGAGUUUAGAGAAGGUCCGGUACGAUACAAUGUGGGACGGGGAGGUCCUCGUCCAGUCUAUGAUCGCGAACGCUCAGACAGAGGUGGAUUGAGGCGAAGAGAUGGUCCAGACAGAGUGCCUCGGUUCCGCGAAUACCUUCGCCCACGUUCACCUAAGUAACGCCAAAAUCAUGUUAUAUUGAUCUUUAAAUAACAUGUCCAGUGCCCAACCAAGGUUGGUGCAUAUGACGGUGGUGAGUGUACUGCACUUGGUGUUGACUUUCACAGCAGUCGAUUUUGUUGGAGGUCUCGCAGAUGCAUCCACCACAGAGUUCGCCCAACCAUUAUUGUUUCUCAGCAAUUUCUGGAACAUGACUUUGGCAGGAUAUUGACAUUUUCUUCAGAUCAACGAAAUGGAUAUACAACAAUUUGAGGCUGACCCGAUUAAGUAAGGAAGCGCAAUCAGAUCUUGUUGUUGUGAUAGUGAAAGUUGUCAAGCCAUCAGUUUUAAAAUAUUCUUCAGAGAUAAUUGACAGGGAAGGAAGUAUCCAGUGUCCUGAAUUUGUUUUCAUUUUCUGUCGCUUCUGAAUUGGAAAGUGAAGAAAGCCGCAGUUCUGUAGUGAGUAGGUGUUUAGACGGCAGAUAACGCUGCACAGUAGGUAUAACCUAGUGAGACACUGACUCCCAAUAAAGCCCAAAGCUGGCACCAAGUGCCUGAAAACUGAUCAACAGUGCUAUUUUAUGUUGCAGCUGUGAACACUAAAGAAUACAAGACAGACUUUUAUAUAACAUACACGCAUACCUAGAAUACAUAUUAUCUAAACUUACAUCUAUACGGUAAAGCAGAUGUGAUGAUGAUUGAAGAUUGUUGCCUGAAUUAUGUAUCACAUGUAAUUGAAUGGCAAAUCAGGAUUUUUUUAUUUUAUCUAUAUAAUCAUGGCCAUGCAUGAGGUAGGCACUAAUGGUUUAUUGCUAGUUUGCAUUGCUAACCAUGUAUCUUUUGAUUGCAGUUGGAGUUUUCAGUUUAUGAAUAAUUUUACAGCAGAAAUGUUUAAUAUAAAAAUGUGAUACAGUUUAUGGAGGUAUUGCCCUCCAUGAGGGGUUGCAUUUGAAAGCUACUUGGGGUACGGGAGGGGUUUGGAGGAAGGGUGGAGGAAAUCGUACACAUCUGUAAAAAUUGUUUGUGUGUAUGUAUGUGUGUGUGUGUGUGUGUACACAUAUGUAUGUGUAUAUAUGCAUGUGUAUACUUGUGCAGUAACUGUGAUAGCCCUUAUUCUGAAUUUAAAAAAUACUGUCUGUAUUAUAUCAGGGAUAGUGUGCAUAUGUGAAUUUCUUAACUCUUACUACCAUAAUGAUGUAUAGGCUUGUUGGAAGGUUUUCAAGAUUAUUAGCCUAUGUAUUCCUUUUGACCCUUUCUAUACUGUUGCCAAGUAAUAGUAUCUAAAUAAUACGGUAAUAUCAAUAUUUUAAACUAAUCUUUGACAUGAACCCUUAUCAUAGCUCCCUCUCUUAAUUAUUUCUCUUUGUAAUGUUUCUUUCUGGUGUAAUUUCCUAGUUGCAGAGCCACACUGCUUGAGAACCUGUUGUUAUUACCCGGUACGAAUGUCCUAAAAGAUGUCACUUGGGUAGAGAUGAUUUGGUUCUCCUUCGUUGUCAGCCUGCAUUGCUAAUGAUGCUCCUCCAUUUUGAAAGACUGAUAUGGGAACACGAAGCCAGGAACGUUGCAAACCUUUCCAUGUAUAAGGAGCAGGAACAGGAGCUUCAAAGAGAAUAUAAAGUUGUCUGGUGCUUGAAGAGAGUUUCGGACAUUU